AUGCGUUUCUCCGCUCUCACAGCAGCCGGCCUGCUCGCCCUCCCAGGCGUCAGCGCCAACCUGCACGAGUUGGCCGUCGCCGCCGGCAAGAAGUACUUCGGUACCGCCACCGACAACUCUGAGCUCAAGGACGCGGCCUAUGUCGAGAUCCUCAAGGACCCCAAGAUGUUCGGCCAGAUCACCCCCGGUAACGGCCAGAAGUGGCAGUUCACCGAGAAGAGCCAGGGCGUCUUCAGCUACACCAGCGGCGACGAGAUCGCCGAGUUCGCCAAGACCAACAGCAUGCUCUUGCGCUGCCACACCCUCGUCUGGCACUCCCAGCUGCCCAACUGGGUUUCUUCGGGUACCUGGACCAAGGAGCAACUGACAUCCAUCAUUGAGACGCACAUCUCCAACGUCGCUGGCCACUACAAGGGCCAGUGCUACGCUUGGGACGUUGUUAACGAGGCCCUUAACGAAGAUGGCACCUACCGCGACAGUGUCUUCCACAAAGUCCUCGGCACCGACUUUAUCCCCAUCUCUUUCAAGGCCGCCGCCGCCGCCGACCCUGCCGCCAAGCUUUACUACAACGAUUACAACAUUGAGCUCGCUGGCAACAAGCAGAAGGAGGUUCUGAACAUCAUCAAGAGCAUCAAGGAUGCUGGCGCCAAGAUCGACGGUGUCGGCCUGCAGGCCCAUUUGAUCGUUGGCAGCUCUGGCUCCCGCUCCGCCUUGAGCAGCGUCCUCAAGUCGUACGUCGACGCUGGUGUCACCGAGGUCGCCUACACCGAGCUCGAUAUCCGCCACAAGAGCAUCCCUGCCGAUGCCGCCGCCCAGCAGAAGCAGGCCGACGACUACGUCAGCGUUGUUGGUGCUUGCUUGGACGUUGCCGAGUGUGUUGGUGUCACCAUCUGGGACUACACCGACAAGUACUCCUGGAUCCCCUCUGUCUUCCCCGGCACCGGCGAGGCCCUUCCUUGGGACAAGGACCUCAAGCCCAAGCCUGCCUACACUGCCAUUUCCAGCCUUCUCGCUGCCGCCGGCAAGGGCGGCGCUGCCCCCGCCACCUCCGCCCCGGCUGCUGCCCCUACCUCCGAGCCUGCUGCCGCCUCUUCCAGCGAGCCCGCCGCCGUCGAACCCACUGCCGAGCCUUCUGCUGAGCCUACCGCUGAGAAGUCCGCUCCCGCCGCUGCCCCCGCCGUUACCCCUGCUCCCAGCGCUCCUGCUGCUACCCCUGCUCCCGCUACCACUCUCCGUACCAGCGUGAGGAGCAAGUGCGGUGGUGCGAACGCCGAGGCCGCCUCGAGUGCCCCUGCUGCUGCUGCCUCUGGUGCCGUUGGUGCCACUGCCUCUCGCUGGGCUCAGUGCGGCGGCAUCGGAUUCACUGGCCCUACUGCCUGCGAGUCUGGAUAUACCUGCAAGAAGCAGAACGACUACUACUCUCAGUGCCAGUAA